CUAUAGGUUGGAACGCAGCAUGCGGUAACCCGUUACCUAGGAGACCCUUCAGUUUCCGGGACGCUUAGUCUGCUGCUGUCUUCCAGCUAUUUGUGGAGGAUCUCUGCGGUCUUUACUGUACCUGGGGGGAGACUUGCUGCGCUGAGUGAUACCAAUUAUGGGAAAAAUAAAGAAAAAAGAUGGUAAGAAGUCAGAGAAGUUAACGGUGGAAGCUGCUGAAGAUGUCAGUUCCAAGAUCUCUUCUGUGUCUGUCACACCUUCUGAAGACCGUGCUCCCCCAUCCUUCAAGUACAGUGAUGACGAGCCUGUUCCCCAGGAGGAGGCUCCUGCCCCGAUGCCCACGUCCGAGGCCUACGAGGAACCAGUUCUAGCUCAGCUGAUUGUCGAAAGGUAUGAAGGAGAACUGGUGAAUGGCUUGUAUGAAGGGGAAGGCGUUGCUUACUAUAAAGAUGGCAAUGUGUACAGGGGUAUGUUUUCCGAGGGUCUUAUGCACGGCAAAGGACUAUACACUUGGGCGGACGGGCUGAAAUAUGAGGGAGAAUUUUUCAUGAACUUUCCAAUGGGACAUGGCGUCUAUACGUGGCCUGAUGGCAGCCGCUAUGAAGGACAGGUCUACAAGGCCAUCAGGCACGGAUCUGGUGUCCACAUUUCAAGUGACGGACAGGUUUCAUACGCAGGACAAUGGCACAUGGGCAGGCGUCAUGGAAAGGGCGCUAUUUAUUACAAUGCUGAAGGAACGUCCUGGUAUGAAGGGGAUUGGAUACACAACAGGAAGGAGGGAUGGGGAAUGCAGCGGUUUCCGUCUGGCAACAUCUAUGAAGGACAGUGGAAAAAUAAUAAGUUCCAUGGAGAGGGCAGGAUGAGGUGGUUGUCUUCCAGUGAAGAAUACAUGGGUCAGUGGGAGGAUGGCAUCCAGAAUGGACUCGGGACUCACACCUGGUUCCUAAAAAGAGUGGCUGGUUCACAGUACUCCUUAAGAAAUGAAUACAUUGGGAACUUUGUCAAUGGUGAACGCCAUAGUCAAGGCCAGUUUUACUUUGCCAAUGGAGCGAUGUACGACGGACAGUGGAAACACAACAAAAAGCAUGGAAUGGGCAAAUUUAUUUUUAAAAAUGGAAAGAUUUAUAUUGGGGAAUUUGUGGAAGAUCAGAUUGCCGAAUACCCAAAUUUUAAGUAUGACAGAGUGAAUACUCCAGAUCUGAGUGGUAUUCGUACCCAGAGUCCUAUUUGUGGAGAAAGCUCCAUGUUGAAUUCAGGUAUCCCCACUUUAUCAGGAUCUUAUAUUGAACUUGAUAUUGCUUCCCUGCUGAACAGCUUACCAGAGGAUGAACGCUAUGAAGAACAGAAACAGGUGGAAUAUGGCAUCCUCCGAAAUCUCACAAUGCUGCGGAAGACAUACAGGUUCUACAGCAGCCUGGGCAAUGACAACUGCUGUGAUAACGCCUUCCUUAUGACGAAAUUACAGUUCUGGAGAUUUUUAAAAGACUGCAAGUUCCAUCACUGCGACCUAACACUUUGUGAAAUGGAUCGGAUUUUGGCAGACAACUCCGAGCCUGAAGAAGUCCACUCUCCCUAUGCUACAAUGCUGCUUCGAGCAUUCCUGACCAAUAUUAUCUACUUGGCUCAUCACAUCGCUCGUGCUGAUAGUCCAGAUAAGAAGCCUUCCCUGGUUGACUGCUUUUCCCGAAUCAUGACACAAAAUAUCUCGCCCCAUGCUACUACCACCAGAGGUUACUUAUUCAGUGAUGCGCACAAGACAGAACAUGCAAUGUCCUACAUCGAUAAGAGCUGGGACAUCUACAGGACCUACUGCAAGAAGAACACGUCCGCUCCAUUUGAGCCUACCAUGACCAUGAGACAUUUUAUCUGGAUGAUGAGAGAUUUACGAGUCUUAAGCAAUAAACUCAGUGUCACGAAGAUCGUGGACAUUUUAGCUGAGGACGAUCCGAGUGUGCGAGAUGGAAAUGAGAUCAACCUAGAGCUGGAGCUUACAUUUCUGGAAUUUCUGGAGGCGCUGAUUGGCUGUGCCAUUACAUAUGUCACAGAUGAGCCACCAAACCAUGAACCUCAUCAGGAACCGCAAGGUGCAGACACAGUAUCAGAUGGCAGUGCCAGCACAGAUGUUACCAACCACCACCCGGGUCUUUCAACCCCAAGGAAGUCUGAUUGUUGGACGGAAGAGAAGGAGCUGAUUAUUGCCAUGAAGGUGAAUGAAAGACGCAGCCCACGUUCGCCGUUCCAUUCUCCAAGGAAGGCCCAAAAGAAAAUCAUGACGGAUAAAUGGUUCUAUCAGGUCGAUGUGUUUUUCCAGAAAGUAUUUUUUCCAGCCUAUGAGAAAGCAGAACAACUGAAGGCAGAAAUCCCCAAAAACAGAGCCCAGCAGGCCGAGCAGGCCCGACUACAGCAGAUCCGGGAGGAGGAGGACGCACGACUAAAAGCACUAAAAGAAGAAGAGGAGGCCAAGAGGAUGGAACAGAUGGAGUUAGAGAAGAUCGCUGCCAUGUUGGAGGCCGUACAGGUAUCUGAUGAUCAGGUCGACGAAAGCGGCCAGUGUCCUGUCCCAGCCAAGGAAGACGCUCCCCUCCCCCCGUCUACUGCCAGUACGAAGGCGACACCAGCAACAGGCAGAAAGAAGAAGAAAUAAUGAUAGAAAUUGUGA